AUGAGUUCUGAAGUCGAACCACCGCAGAAAAAGAAGCAGCCGUGGCUUCCAGAUUAUAUCGUUGAGAACUGUUUAGCACACAUAUCGAGAUCUUACUACCCGAAACUCUCCCUAGUCUCAAGUCCUUUCGCUCUCUCGUCGUAUCCAAAGAGCUCAACAAAGCGCGAUAUCGCCUCAACAACCGAAGAAUACUUCUUCCACGUCUGCUUACAGCUUCCUAAGAGUCCUCUUCCAACCUGGUACACGCUCUGGAUAAAACCUGAUCAGAUCGAGAAGAAGAAGAAGAUUAAUACGUUUACUGGAAAUACUCGGUUGGUACAAAUACCAUCUUCCUAUCAUUAUCCUUUUGACCAAGUGUUCAUCUUUAAUCUUUAUGGUGCUAUGCGUUCAUCCAAGGCAAUGGUCCGUCCCCCUUCAUAUGGGUUGGUAAGCAUGUUUUGA